GGCGAUGGGGGAGGGCAAGUGGUGGGUUGGCGCAAUGCGCUUGCGCGCUCUGCGCGAGGACCUAUCCGGCAGGUUGCAGUCAGUGGUGCUACCGUGAGAAUCCGCCCGGGCGCUGGCUAACGUCGAUAUUCCAAUUAAGAGGGAGAGAAAAGAAGCACAGUUGCUGAACGGCUAGACUGGUUCGCUGGCGAGUUCCUUUUUGGACUGGCGCGAAGCUGCAGCCAUGGAGCUCCCACUGCCGCUGCAGUCGCUCGCCUGGGGCUGGGGAGGGUCUGCGGAGGCUGCAUGCGAAGGCAAGCUCCGCCUCGGAGUCGAGCAGGGAGCCCAACAACAAGCCUGAGGGCGGCCUCCAAGCCGGGGGGGGAGGGGGGUCGAGCAACAAGCCUAGGUGCCAAGCAGCGUCACCGAACACCCCUCUGCCGGCGACGCAGCAGUCCCGGAGGGGGAGGCGCUUGACUCUCGGGCUGGCGGGGGGCGUCUCGCUGAGGGCACCGCCGAACAAACCACCCCACUCCGCAGCGCUUCUCUUCCGGGGAGACAGUGGCCUCGCCUCCCGCGGGUCUUACCUCGGGCCGCCCCCCCACCCCAAAAAAACCCAAAACCUGCGCAGGACUCGCCGCCUGCGCCUCUUCAGUCGCCUCUUCCUCCUUCUCCCUGGCUGAAAUUCGGAGAUUGGCCGGCCCAGAGUAGAGCUCCAUCGGAAAGCCGAAGUGAAGGACUUCUUGGCCUCUUAAGGAUCAUCUUCUGUGUAAAAGCUUUUUUGAUCCGAGGUUUUUUUGUCUCACUGGCUGUUGCCUCGCUGUCUUCCCUGCCAGCUGUGAUAUUGCUUUGAAUAUACGCAGGCUUAUUUCCCUCUGGUUAUCUUUUUAAAAAAAUCAAAAGGGCGGAUGGCUUCUCCCUUCCUUCCCUAAUCCAGAUCAGUUUAAGCUUCCUCAACAGUCUCAGUGGACAGAAAGGGCUACAUAUCUGCCAGGCACACAGGAUGGCUUUUGCUUUUCAUGUGGCUAUGAUUUCUUUAUGACUAUGGCAUGGAAUGAAUAAUUGAUGGAUUUCUGCACACUGUAGGUAUACAUAUAUUUGGCAAAGUUUUUAUGAUAAAAAUUAAUUGAAGGCACUUCUAAGGGCUGAAGAUGAUCCUAAAGUGUGUUUUACCUUCCUGGAACGGCUUACCUGCUGUGCCCGUUUUGGUCCUGUUUAAUUGUUAUAUUCUCCUAGCUAGUGCGGAUAAUACAAAUCAAGCAUAUUAUUCAGCCCUGGUAAAUGUGACUGUAUGGAAUUCUGAGCGUUCUACACCUACUUUACUAAGACUUGACCGUGGACGCUAUGGACAGGAUUCUCCCAAAGUAGCUGUCAAAGGUCUGCUUGUGGCACCUUUACCAAUCAAUGGAGUUGCAGAUCGUUUAGGCUGUGAUUCUCGCACACGGUUUCAAGUUCCUCCAAAUACUAAACAGUGGAUUGCCUUGCUGCAGCGAGGAAAUUGUACCUUUAAAGAAAAAAUACUGCGGGCAGCUUCGCACAAUGCUUCAGCUGUGGUAAUUUAUAACAAUGUGUCCGGUGAGGAGCCUGUAACUAUGACUCAUCAAGGAACUGGAGACAUUGUUGCUGUCAUGAUAACAGAAUCAAAGGUUAAAGAGAUCCUAAAUUACUUAGAAAAAAAUAUGUCUGUCCUAAUUGAAAUAGCAGUUGGAAUCCGCGAUCAAGCUAAAAAUUUUAGUCGUAGCUCUCUUGUCUUCGUAUCAAUAUCGUUUAUAGUUUUGAUGAUAAUUUCUUCAGCGUGGUUAAUAUUUUAUUUCAUACAAAAGAUCAGAUACACAAGUGCACGUGAUCGAAAUCAGCGUCGUCUUGGAGAUGCUGCCAAGAAAGCUGUUGGUAAACUGACAACAAGGACUGUAAAGAAGGGUGAUAAGGAAACAGACCCAGACUUCGAUCAUUGUGCGGUCUGUAUUGAAAGUUACAAACAGAAUGACGUUGUCCGUAUUCUGCCUUGCAAGCAUGUUUUCCACAAAACCUGUGUGGAUCCAUGGCUCAGUGAACACUGUACCUGUCCUAUGUGUAAACUGAACAUUUUGAAAGCCCUGGGAAUUGUGACAAAUGUCCCAUGUGCUGACAAUAUGGCCUUUGACAUGGAAAGGCUCACCAGAGGCCAGCUAGGCAACAGGAGAUCAGUACUUGGUGAACUUAGCAGUGACAGUACACUCAGUCUGGAGCCUCUGCGUACUUCUGGGAUAUCACAGUUCCCACAGGAUGGGGAAUUGACCCCAAGGACAGGAGAGAUCAACAUUGCUGUAACUAGUGGCCAUUUCUUCCACCGUAAUUCUCUGUCUCCUCGGAGCCUGGUGUAUGAGAAUGACUUCUCUUCAAUUGAGCCUGUCUUGGACAUGUAUGAUGAGAACAAGACCUGAAGAGGAUCUGCAUUCUUCUUGCUUUGCUCUCUUUCCCUUUUCCGUUUCCGUUUCUCAUUCCUAUUGUUGUGUACUCCUUCCAUGGGUGUUCUUUGUCUGAAGAAGAGCGGCCUUUUCCAGAACAUGUGCCUGGCUGCCAGGCUGCAAAGGCGAAGCUCAGCUGAGGCAAUAUUGGAGGAUAAGGGGAUGAAGAAUGUGCACCGCAAGUCGGCUGUUGGAGGUUGCCGAGUUAAAGUUGUCAUCAGCAGUGCCAGCGCAAUGGUGUUAGUAUGCUAGAGGCUUUGCCCUACUCAGUUUUUAAUUUUGUACUACAGUUACCUCUCUUGAGUAGGCACAUGGUAUUUCUCUUUUUUACAAAAUUGCAGUGUUUUGCCAGCUUAGUUGCCUAUUGGAGGUAGUGGUGGGACACUGCCCAAAACACUCCAGCUAUUCUCCAUUCUGUCCUUAAACUCACAUUGAACAUCCCAGUUCCAAAGGGAUUUAUGAGAAAUGUAUUGACAUUCCAGUUUGCCAUUUAAUUGACUGCUGGCAGAACAAGCUAUAAUAAUACAGCAGCAUUACGACCGUCUGUCUCAGUAGACGACGUUGGGGUUUUUCCACUCCAUUGCUGAGGAUAAGUAUGGACGAAAGCUGCUUGGAAUGAAUGCAAAACAAAAACAAAGAAAAAACCAACAGCCAUUUUCCAGCCUUCCUAUUGAGGGAAUCUCUGACAAAGAUGUUGCUGAUAUUUAUAAAAACAGUAUUUGACCUUUAGAACACAAGACUACUUUAAAAAUAUCCAGAAAUCAAAAAUAGGUUAUUGCUUGGUUUUUAAAAGAUCUGUUCUUUUUCACUCUAAUUUUUAAAAGCCAGUAUGUUGGCUUUAUAUACUGAAAUGGCUGGAAGCCUCCUUCCUACAUGUUUUUACCUGAGAUAACUGUAGCCAUUAAGCAACAAACCUUUUCUGAAGUCAUGCCUUCUCCAGAGAACAUCAGUAUCAUGAAUGCAGGGAGGAGGAGGAAGAGAAAUGGCAACUGCUGUUUUGACAUCAGUUUUUACUACAGUGGAAGUGGCUGAAGAACAAAUGUUCUAAUUUAACAAUGCAGACAUGGACAGCUACAAACAAAGAUGAUUUGAUGUUUUUUUUAAGAACCAUCAACUGUUGCUUAAGCAAAAAAAGAAAAUCAAACACCGCCAGAUUUGGAUUGUGCAGCUAAUACAGCUUUCCUUCAGGAUGCUGCAUAAAUGUUAGAAUUGACAAGUGUAAUUUCUUCCCCAUUGCAACUCUUGAGCUGCUGUAGAGGUAGAAAUGGUAUCAUUGUAUUGUGAACAAAAGCUUGAUGCUCUAGGAAUGUUGAUCGCAGAAGAGACUGAGAACCAAAAGUGGAGGUAAGAAUUGUUGAGUGGGUGUCUUGUCACAGACAGCUUACCAUAUAAGCAGGAAGAUGGACAGGGGAAGUCCUCCCCCCCCCCUGCUGAAACUGGGCUUUCACAAGAUUUUUCUUGCCCUGGAAUGUAGUGAUGCUGUGAUGUUAAUGUGCUGACUGCUGACUGGAAACUAGCUGUUUGCAGCUAACUAUUCGCAGAAUGCUUAGUUUGUAUUGCCCUGAUGGCCAUAUUUUCUGUGAUCAUUCUGGACUAAUGAGUGAUGCGGAGCAUAAGGACUUGGUCCUGGCGGCCUCUUGUUUGUUGUGUGUGCCAGGUAAGUUUUCAUGUACCUCACUGACAUGAGAAAAUUCUAAACAAAAUCUUCUUAAAAGCACAGUCUUAAAUUACUGAGAAUUUAAAGUUUGGAAGAUUUGUUGGAGAAUAUCAGUGACGCUACUUUGAGUAUACACAAACGAAAGUCCUACAUUCAUUUUUUUUUCCCCCUUUUCCAAGCUGCCAGUAUUAGGGAGAUAUGCAAUACGAAAGGCAAAUCAUUUUAUGCUCAGUACUCUCUUAUGGCACAGUAUAGGGCUAGAACCCAGAAGGGGAAAAUCCAAAAACUGUAAAUCUGACAUUGACCCUUAAGUAAUAAAUCACACCUUUGGGUUGAAUCGAACUUAAUUUUAAAACUAUAAACUGGAGACUUCUGUGGACUUUGCUCAUGACAGCCAGAGUUUUAAAUUUAAGAAGUGGGUGGGAUGGGUGUACAAAAACCAUUGAUGUUUGAAUAGAAUAAGAAACUCAAACAAUAUUAGAAAAGCAAAAGACCAAACAAAAAUCCCAUAUGCAGUAAUUCUCCCAGUUCUGAGGAGGUUCCCUUGUAACCUCUGAUUGGAAGUUUGAUGCUUUUCUUUUGGACUGGAACCAGAGAUAGGAAUAGUACAGCAGUUUAAUUAUUUGGUCUUAGAUUUUUAUUACCAGCAGACCACUGUUAUUACUAUAUGUGUAUAGUUUUCAACAAAGUCCCAGUGUCCAGUCUUCCUCCCC